AUGACAACUGCAAGCAGAGGUGAAGCCUCUGGUAGCGACCUAGCCACCGUCGGCCUCCUCGAGCUGCUAAAGGACGACCAGCGUCCGACGUGCGUUGUGGAUCUCGAUCACAUUUCCGAGCGAGAGAAUCUGCCACGAAUCUGCUUUCGCAAUGCCCGUUUCGCAAAGGGCUACGAUUUUGAACUACCUAGUCGCAACACGGACGCGGUCGACGAUGAACGCGUCCACUUCCGAAAUUGGGCGCUCAGUCGAUAUGCGCAGGAAAGACCAACGAUCAAUUGCCACGGCAUGAGCUGGAUCGCAAAUACGGUGAGAAAACGCUGGAGGGUCAUCCAGGCUACCUCAACUACCGCUGUUUCGGACGACAGUGAUUCGGACGCUUUGCACCAUGACCUUAGGCAUGCCGGAGUGGCUGAGAACCUUCCGAAAGGCAGUGCUGAGGCACAUCAUAAAUGGCUUCACAACUUGAUGCAGAACGCACAACCACACGACUGGACUGCACCAAUCUGUCCGCGCAAACUUACGAGCCACUCGCAGUUUUUGAGGGACUGGGACUGGUCCAAGACGCCCCUUGGGCCGCUGGAGACGUGGUCGUCGAGGCUGCGCCUCAUGGCCAAUCUCAUUACUGUUGACCCAAACCCAGCUGUGCUGUUUUGGGGCAAGGAGCUGGCUGGAAUCUACAAUGAAGCUUAUGUGCCAAUGCUUCAUGAUAAGCACCCAAAAUCACUUGGUGAGCCCUACUAUAAUACCUGGUCGGAGUUAUAUAGACAGGAAGAAGUGGCCAAGACACUGAAUGAUCUCUGGACGCGAAAUGUCCGAGGCGAGCCCAUUUUUUGGCAACAUCGGACAUUCUAUCUCCGAAAUGGUAAUCGACUUCAAGAGCAUAUCGUAAACUUGAGUUUCCUUCCUGUCAUAGACGAGGACGGCAAGACGGUUGGGUUUUACGAGCAAAUUAAGGAAAUCACUCAGGACGCCUUGAACGAGCGGAGAUCAGAAAAUAUCAGGAAGAUCAAUGAACUAACAGCAGGAGAAGAAGAUCCAACAAUUUUCUACAAGAAGAUCAUGACUGCCUUAGAGCCAAACGGCAAUGACUUUCCGUUUGCGAUGCUUUACUCGCUGGAGCCUUCGAAGAUCGAUUGGAAACGGCCUUUCCUUCUCAACGAAGCCAUAGAGAAUGGCUUAGCUAAGCUCGAGUCCUACAUGGGAGUUCGCAUUCUGGAUAAUGAUGAACCUGCAGUGCAUCAAAAGCUGAUUUGUGAAAAGUCUUUUUUAGAAGUAUUUGAACAAGUAUGCAGAUCUGGAAAGCUCGAGACUUUUGACCUAGAGUCACGUUCACAUAUAGCUCUUGCCAUUAUGGAGGAACAACCUAACCGCAGUUUCGGUGACCAACCAAGAUUAUCUGUCCUCAUUCCAAUUGAAUCGAUCACACAUAAUGGAGUCAAUGCCGUGUUGCUUGUAGGAAUGAAUACCAGGCGGCCUUACGAUGCGGAUUAUGAGGCAUUUCUGCGUAAUCUGUCUCGCACCAUUUCAUCAUCUUUGGCUGCGCUCAUCCUUGGCAACGAACAAAAAAAGCGCGUUGGUGAGGCACUACAAAUGGAAAAGCGAGCCGUUUCAAUGCUCGAGGCUUCUCCCGUUGGCGCUUGUCUUCUUGCCAUGGAUGGAACGAUAAUAUACGCAAAUUCGUCAUGGACUAAUAUAACUGCAUAUUCAUACAAUAAUCUUCCAUUUGCAUGGCUCGAGAUAAUGACAGAGGAAUCCGCUGCUCGGGCUAAGAUUGAAUGGUCUCUUGUUGCUGAGCAGAGACAAGAGAGGACUUUCGAAUUGACGCUGAGGAAACCUUGGGUAUAUGCUGAUCCUACUUCAGGCGACAUCGUGAAAGACCAAACGAAGGUGCUGGUUUCAGCCUUAGUUCAAACUAUCGGCGAAGAAGAGUAUGUCAUUUCUGUAGUGACAGAUAUCUCGUACCAAAAAUGGAUUGAGUCGAUGCAGGAUAAGCGACGUCAAGAAGCACUUGAGAUGAAGAGAGCACAGGAGAAUUUCAUGGACAUUACAUCUCACGAAAUGCGAAAUCCAUUGAGUGCAAUAUUUCAAUGCGCCGACGCCAUCGUAAAUGCGCUGUCGAUUCUUCGACAAAAUGUUGAGGGUACAUCGCAUCCAUCUCAAGCGGAUUCUCAAGGAUUGGAAUCGGGAGCGCGGAAGCGGGAUGGAUUUCCUAUGACUUUUAGUGAAGCUAUUGCUCACGCGAUUGAGAACGCGGGUACGAUUACUCUCUGUGCUCAACAUCAAAGACGAAUCGUUGAUGAUGUUUUGGUACUUUCGAAGGUUGACGCUAAGUUGAUCGAGAUUCACCCGGUAGAGGUGCAGCCUUUGGCACUAGCAGAGGAUGCUAUCAGAAUGUUCGCAGCAGAACUCGCUGCGAACAAAGCAAGGAUGGCCCUCGACGUCGAGGCUUCUUUCAAGGAACUACAUAUCAAUUGGGUCAAACUAGAUCCUGGUCGGCUCCUCCAGGUCCUGAUCAAUCUCUGCACCAAUGCCAUCAAAUUCAGCAUGGAUAGUCUUCACAGAGACAUAUCCAUCCGAGUCGGCGCUUCGACCACGGUUCCCCAACAUAGCAGUCAAGGUGUAAGCUACCUCCAUGGGGUCGACGGUGAAGUCUUUGACGACCCAACAGUAAAGCCAGAAUGGGGGUGUGGAGAGACACUGUAUCUACAAUUUCAAGUCACUGACACGGGUCAGGGCAUGACCGCGGAGGAAAUGACACGCCUUUUUCAACGCUUCAAGCAAGCAUCUCCACGAACACAUACACAAUAUGGUGGUUCUGGCCUCGGCUUGUUCAUUGCGCGACUUCUAAGCAGAUUACAGGGUGGUGAAAUUGGCGUAAGCUCCGUCAGAGGCAAAGGAACCACGUUUGCGUUCUACGUCAAAGUUAGGAGGACAGAAGACCCUCGCGCAAGUGACCUUCAAGACUGUCCCGUACGAUCUAAUAUUUUAGUCGGUGAUCAGGGCGAGAAAUUAUCAGCAGGAGUCUCCCCUCGAUUGAAAGCGCCGUCUGAAAUUGACGUGAUAGUCGUGGAAGACAAUUUGGUCAACCAGCGAGUUCUGAGUAAGCAGUUGAAGACUCAAGGAUUUUCGGUGUCUAUUGCAAACAACGGCGCUGAAUGCAUAGAAAUGAUCAAAAGGUGUGAGCAUUGGGCAACAAAUGGAGAAUCACGAGCAGAUAAGAGAAUGAGAAGCCCGUGCUCCAAGGUCUCCAUUAUCCUGAUGGAUAUUGAAAUGCCCGUAAUGAAUGGCAUCGAGGCGACGAGCUUGAUCAGAACGUACGAGCGGUCUGGGGAGCUUCGCUUUCACAUUCCAAUCAUUGCUAUCACAGCGAACGCAAGACUGGAACAAGUUGCUAUUGCAAAAAAUGCUGGCAUGGAUGAUGUGCUCAGCAAGCCAUUCCGAAUCCCGGAAUUGAUGGCAAAAAUAGAUAUUUUCGUUGGCCCGCUACAACGAGGCCUGGUGUAG